UACAUUGAGCACUCGAGGCGAACGGUUCGGGCCAUUCGAUUUGUAUCUGUAUCUGCAACUUUUCUCGUCCGACGGCUGCUGCUGCUGCCGCCUUUUAACAAUCUAUCCGGCCAUGUGAAGUUCAAGCAUAAAAAUUUGAAAUAUCUCAUUUCGCGAUACCUGAUAAAGCAUUGAAAACCAAAAUAAAAAAAGAGAUAAAAUCCGAUAACGAUCUAUAUAUAAUAAUGAGUCUGCAAAGAUUUGCUGACUUGAUUGAAGCAAAUUGAAAGUGAAAUUGUUUUUUUUUGAAAGCGAGUGAGAGAGAAAGAGAUCCAAGUCUGGUAGUGAAUCAUACAAAAAUAUAUAUAUAAAAACAUCCAAAAUACCCAAAAUACACUACUGAAAUGGGCUUCUCAUCGGCCCUACAAAGCCGAGCCGCACACGAGGCAUUGAUCGUGCGUCAGGAUGCUGAACUCCGUCUCAUGGAGACCAUGAAACGAUCCAUACAAAUGAAGGCCAAAUGCGACAAGGAAUACGCAAUUAGUUUGACAGCUGUCGCUCAACAGGGAUUAAAGAUCGAUAGGGCUGAUGAAAUGCAAGGUAGCCUAAUGACAAAAUCCUGGCGUUCAUAUAUGGAUGAGCUAGAUCAACAGGCCAAACAGUUCAAACUGAAUGCCGAACAGCUUGAAGUGGUCUGUGAAAAGUUGACACAUCUCUCACAGGACAAACGAAAGGCACGCAAAACCUAUCAGGAGGAGCAUGCCAAAAUUGCAGCACGUCUGAAUCAUUUGACUGACGAAGUGGUGCGUAAGAAGAGCGAAUACCAAAAACAUUUGGAGGGCUACAAGGCGUUGCGUACACGUUUCGAGGAGCACUAUAUAAAGGCACCCGGUCGGAGUGGACGUAAACUGGACGAUGUUCGUGACAAAUAUCAAAAGGCCUGCCGCAAAUUACAUCUGACACAUAACGAAUAUGUGCUAUCCAUUACAGAGGCCAUUGAGGUGGAGAAGGAUUUCCGUACAGUCCUGCUGCCAGGCCUCUUGGAGCACCAGCAAUCCGUCCAGGAGAGUUUCAUACUCUUGUGGCGCAAUAUAUUACAGGAAGCAGCCCAGCAUGGCGAUCUAACAUCAGAGAAGUAUACAGAAAUCCAGCAACGCAUAAACACUGUGAUAAGCAAUAUAAAUCCAGCCGAAGAAUAUGGCGAAUUUACCGAGAAACACAAAACAUCACCGACCACACCGUUGCUCUUUCAAUUCGAUGAGACGCUCAUUGAGGAUAUACCCGGGAAACUGCAAUCGAGUACAUUGACAGUGGAUAAUCUGACUGUGGAUUGGUUACGUACACGGCUCCUGGAUCUGGAGGCGUCUGUAAAGGAUUGCCAAGAGAAGCAGCUAAAGAUGAUUGAGCAUGUCAAUGGUGGUUCACCAAAGGCCAAUGGGAGCAUUAUAUCCAAUGGUAGCAACACUUCGAAUGGAAUACAAUCUAACAAGGACAGUAUGUGUCGACAAUCAAAGGAUCUGAAUGCCUUACGUUGCCAGGAGAAGCAAAAACAGAAAUUGGUCGACAUGAUCAAGUGUGCAUUGAAUGAAGUGGGUUGCGAGGAGCUACCAUCCGGCUGUGAUGAUCAUUUAACGCUCGAACAGAACUUUAUCGAGAAUGGCUACAAUAAUGAGCAACAGCGUUCGAACUCGACUAGUUCUCCCGGUUUGGGCAUCAUGAACGAGUUGAUGCGACGCGGCGGUGUCCUUACGCUGCUUCGGGGACGUGGCCGGCAUUUUAAGCGUAAGUCCACACCGCAACCCACAACACCGAUGACCAGAUCCAGGCAGGGAAGAUUCAACAAGAUGCAGCCACGCUCACAGAGCCUGGGAUCGUUGUCGGUAGGGAUGCGUAGGGAUGUGGGUAGUCCUGCACGUUGUUAUGAGCCCAUUACUAACCCGUUGCGUCUGGCGGCCAGUGUCGGUCAUAAUCUCGAUGAGGAGAUUGUAUUUAGGUCGUCAUCGCCGCCAGUUUUACCCCGUCUACGGCGCACGCAAUGUUCCAUGUUGUGUUUGGGUGAAGAUGAGGAGCCGCUGCAGCCGUUGCCAGUGGUGUCCUCCGAUUCUCCAGCUGUUCCGCUUACCCCCCGCCUAACAGUUGCCGCCGUUACUAACACGAAUAACAAUAAUCACAUCUAUGCGGACUUGGAGCUGGCCACAAAAAUAACCUCGAGCGAUAGUCUAGAGGAAUUGCCAGCCCCAAAACGUGAGCAAAUUGAAAUUGAAAUCAAUGGAGAGGCGACGCCACAACCACAAAACUCCAUUGACGCUCAUCUGGAUAGGAUUGAUGAGAUAAAUCGUGUUUUAGACGAUCGCCUUAAGCGUUCAUUGCAACCGAUUGCAAGUGAUGUGAAUGCCAUUGAACGAGUCGAUGAUGCGGUAGCUGCUGCUAAUGAGGAAGAGUCGACCAAACAGGUGAAGACACGACACGUUAAUGGUGGGCCAUCCGAUGCCGAGAGUCAGGCCAAACGUAGCUCUAGUUCGAGCUCAGAGUGUCGUUCCUCCAAAGAAAUGGGAGCUGCCAAAAAACGUUCGCUAUCCUUUACACAGAAAUCGAUAAGCAGCAUUUUUACCAAUCUGAAAGAGUUCUCUCGCAGUCCAUUGGCUCGCAUGGCAAAGACUUCAACCCUAACCGAGGAGGAGCAACAGCAGCAUCCGCAUCAGCAUCAACCGGAACCAAGUCAACAUUCCAGUAGUAGUGAAUCCACACAGGGUGCAAAUCCAUGUGCCUCACAGUCAACAAUUAUAACAAGUACGAUAACUACAACAAUUACAACAACUACAUCAUCAAUGACACCGUCCAAAGAAACCUCAAGACUGAAAUUCAAAGUGCCCAAAAUACAAAAGAAAUCGAAAGCCAUACGCCAGACAUUCCGUACCAAGUUGCUCAAUUUUCAAUUGAAACGACAAACAAAGCCAUGCAAACAGUGCACCAAACGUCGUCGCAUCCAUCCAAGCAAGAGUGUACUUGAUUUUGCCAAAGAGUUCGAGGCUGGACAGGAUGAGCAGUUCUGCAAUUGCCCUACACCAGUGCCCACAACGAAACUCAAACGACCCAUUCAGGUGACUAGCCAAAAAAAGAAGAUUAAAAACAGACAGUCGCAUAGCUCGGACGACGAUGACGACGACGACGAUCAUCUUCAUCAGGAGCAGGAGGAGGAGGAGGACUUUGACCACGAGGAGGAUAACAGCAGUGACUGUGAUGUGCUUAGCAUGAAGGACCAUUGCUAUUGUGUGCCCAGUUUGGCGGCCAGUCUUUCACUCUCAACGAAUCGUCCACUGUACGAGGAGGAAUGGUUCCAUGGGGUCUUGCCACGUGAGGAAGUUGUUCGUCUGCUCAAUAAUGAUGGCGACUUCUUGGUCCGCGAAACCAUUCGCAACGAGGAGAGUCAGAUUGUGUUGAGUGUCUGCUGGAAUGGACAUAAGCAUUUCAUUGUCCAGACCACGGGCGAUGGGCACUUCCGAUUCGAGGGCCCACCAUUUCCCAGCAUACAGGAACUGAUCAUGCAUCAAUAUCAUUCGGAACUACCAGUUACAGUUAAAUCGGGAGCCAUACUCCGACGACCCGUGUGCCGGGAACGUUGGGAGCUCAGCAAUGAUGAUGUUGUCCUUCUCGAACGGAUUGGCAGGGGAAACUUUGGCGAUGUCUACAAGGCAAAAUUGAAGUCCACCAAACAAGAUGUGGCCGUCAAAACCUGCCGCAUGACCCUGCCCGAUGAACAGAAACGCAAAUUUCUGCAAGAAGGACGCAUUUUAAAGCAAUAUGAUCAUCCCAAUAUUGUCAAACUGAUUGGCAUCUGUGUACAGAAGCAGCCCAUUAUGAUAGUCAUGGAAUUAGUUCUAGGUGGCUCCUUGCUGACAUAUUUGCGAAAGAAUUCAAAUGCUCUGUCCACACGCCAACAGAUGGGAAUGUGUCGUGAUGCGGCUGCAGGCAUGAGAUAUCUGGAAUCAAAGAAUUGCAUACAUCGCGAUUUAGCAGCGAGAAAUUGUCUGGUCGAUCUGGAGCAUAGUGUAAAGAUUUCCGAUUUCGGCAUGUCACGCGAAGAGGAGGAAUAUAUAGUUUCCGAUGGCAUGAAGCAGAUACCCGUUAAAUGGACAGCACCCGAGGCUCUUAAUUUUGGCAAAUACACAUCAUUGUGUGAUGUUUGGUCCUAUGGCAUAUUAAUGUGGGAAAUAUUCUCCAAAGGUGAUACACCCUACUCGGGUAUGAGUAAUUCCCGGGCCAGAGAACGCAUCGAUACGGGGUAUCGUAUGCCUACUCCGGAGAAUACGCCACCGGAAAUGUAUCGUCUAAUGCUUAAGUGCUGGGCAGCCGAUGCCGAAUCUCGUCCACAUUUUGAUGAAAUCUAUAAUGUUGUCGAUGCAUUGAUCUUGCGUUUGGAUAACAGCCAUUAAGAUCUUCAAAAACAAAAAACAAAACAAAACAAAAAAUCAUCAUAAUCAAUGUAGAUUUUAUAGUUAGUAAGCGCUUUUAAAGUACAUCAACGAAAUGCCUGUAUUUACUUAUACAUUUUAUCAUAUAAAAGAGAGAGAGCGAGAAGAAAUCGGAUAUUUAUAUAUAUAUAUAUUUUAUAGCCAUGUAAUAUGUAAUUGUAACUGUAACUGGUGUGCUUCUGUCUGAGCGAAUCCUUAAUGUGCCAAAAAAAAAACAAAAAAAGAAACAGGAAAGUAAUGAAAAACGAAUGGAAUGAUAUGAUAUCCCUUUUCGAAAUUGAUUUGUGUGCUUGAUAAAAACUGAUUGCUAGCCUAAACUAUAGAAUUUCUAUUUGCUUUUGUUUUGUUUUUUUGAGUGUUU